AUGCAGGUCCGGUGGGUGACCUGGUGGCUGGCCUGGGCGGUGCUGCAGCUGGGCUGGAGGCCAGGAUGGCUCCUAGAGUCCCCCAACAGGCCCUCAAGCCUCUUCAGCUGCUCCCCAACUCAGCUCACUGUGCAGGAAGGAGCGAACGCCACCUUCACCUGCAGCUUCUCCAACUGGUCGGAGCACCUGGUGCUGAACUGGUACCGCCUGAGCCCCAGCAAGCAGAACAUCAAGCUGGCCUCUUUCCGCAGCGGCCUGAGUGAGCCGGGCAGGGACCCCCGCUUCCGAGUCACUCAGCUGCCCAGCAGGCUUGACUUCCACAUGAGCGUCAUCUCUGCCCAGCACAAUGACAGUGGCCUCUACCUCUGCGGGGCCAUCUCCCUGUCCUCCAAGGUGCAGAUCCAGGAGACGACAGCCGAGCUCAGGGUGACAGACAGGGUCCGAGAGUCCUCGACACUGGAGCCCCUCCCGGCACAUCCCCGCCCCUCGCCCAGGCCACCAGGCCAGCUUCCAGGCCUGGUGGUUGGCGUCACGAGCRUCCUGGUGGGCGUCCCAGUGCUGCUGCUGCUGGCCUGGGUCCUGGCCACCACCUGCUCCACCACCUUGCCAGAGAAUGGAGGAGCCAGAAGUAAAGAGCAGCCCUUGGAGGAGGCCUCAGAAGUGCCCAUCUCCACCCUGGACUACGGGGAGCUGGACUUCCAGUGGCGAGAAAAAACCCCGACCCCUGAGCCCCCCGCCUCCGGCAUACACACAGAAUAUGCCACCAUUGUCUUCCCUUCGUCCCCAGGCCGCAGGGGCUCGGCAGACAGCCCCCAGGGUCCCCAGCCUUUGAGGCAUGAGGAUGGACACUGCUCUUGGCCCCUGUGACCACUGGCAUCCUGCAGACCUCCUGCCAAGAACCCAGGGCCAGCUCCUCCCCGAGGAAGAGGCAGAGCAGCAGGGGCCUCAGGGGCCAAGCCACCUGGGUGGUGACCACCAGGCCCCCAGGCCAGCCUUGCCCGGGCCCCAUGGAUGGAGGCUCAUCUCCAUGCUCUCCAGGAGCUGGCAGUGGCAGACCACCGUCUCCUGAUGUGGAGUGCUGGACAUGGCCAUGGCUGCAGGCCUCGGGAGAGGGCUGGCCUGGGCCCAGCUCUUCCGAAUCCUGCUGCUCCAGUCGCCGGGCCCCCACAGCCUCCCACGGAGCCCCAAGCCUGAAGCUGGGGCCUGGUUGCAGAAUGCUGAGGGGCAGGCUCUGGGAGGCACCUGACAGCAAGGAUGUCCAGGCGCACAGUGGACACAGCCCUAAGGCUGCCACGGAGGGGCAGUCCACAGAUGGGCCCAGGGGCCACAGGCCGAGGAGUCUCAGCCAAGCCAGAAGAGAGCUCCCACAGCCCGCAGGGUGGGGGCACAGGGCUCCCACCAUCGGACCCUCUGCAGGAGCCCUUCCCCCCCAUGGGUCCAGGCAGCACCUCGAACUGUCCUCCAGCCGGCUGAGGCAGUGAGGGAGAGGGCAGAGCCAGAGGCCGCCUGCCCCAGGGAGCCCUGCAGCACCCUCCCGGCUCACCUGGAGGACUAGGUCCCUUGUCAGCCGACCAGCCAGGGCCCUCCUAGGCAGGAGGAGUGGGGCAGUGGCACGGGCACCCCGGGUCCCCAUUUGUCCUCUCCAGGAAGUCCAGUUCUCCCUGGCUCUCGGUCACAGUGUUUAUUUUCAGCAGAUCUUGGUGGGCUCCCACCAAGGGUGGGCCAGGUGGUCAAGUAUUCCCUGUGCUGGGUGCCCCUACUCUUCUGCCAUCCAGGACAGGCAGCUAGGGCCUGGACUGACCAGGGGUACCUCUGCAGUCAGGGCUGGGGUUCUCUGCUAUUCUCAUUAAAUAAUGACAGAAGCCUGGGGCAUCCUGUCCUGCGCACGCACGGAACUGCGGGAAGGAGGACAGG